UGAUUUAACAGCCAAAAAAAAAAAUGUUAGAAGAGGCAACUUUGUGUAAAGCAGAAGGGCUACUUUUAGUUGAUCGUCCAUCGCUGUUCCCCUAGUAGAGCAUGGCCUCUAUAGCGUGUGUUUAAUUGGGUCAUUAUAAAAUACGCAUCAUCGCGAAAGCUUUUAAUAUCUGCAGAUUAUUUCAUACUACCAACACAUGAGACUAAUGAAUUAAACAGUGAAGGUUGUUGUGGAUCGUGGCACUAAUCCAAUCUUAAUGAAUGGUGAAAUGAAAGAAGUUACAAAAGAGCUAAUGUUCAGAGAAAGCACACAAAACAUCAAUAAGUGCUGACGUUGUUGAAAAUCUCUUGUUGAUAAAAAAAGCAGUGCAUACACGAUACACGAUCCGGUCCCGGGUCACGGUGAUGCUGCGUGUUGGGUCGUGCCCGACACAAACCCAACCAUCCCUAACCCGCCUCUAUCUCAUUCGAUCCGAGAUCAACAGAUUUGGCGACGCAUAUACUUUAGGGUCUGUCGCACAAGUGUAAUGAUAUUUGCAUUGUGAUAAGCCACUGCAGCUCUCGCUUUUAUAAUCGGGAGGGGACAGGGUAACAAAAAGAACAAUACUUCAUUGUAGUGCUUACGGCAACACCUGCCCCUCCAUCUAGCAAGUGUGCAAGGUGGUCAUCUGAGCCGUAACGAAGAGACGCAGCGCGACCGAAACUCGCAACAGGAGCAAGCAGGAGCGGCAAUACCAUUGAACGCCGAUGACAAAAGACACGAAAUGAAGCGAAACGAAGCGUGGCAAGCGCGGAUUGUCAUCUAUCUAGAAUGAAGUGAUCGCAGCACUGGUGGCUAGUCUCUGUGUCGAACCCGGUAUACGGUUGCUGCUACCUUCGUGUGUGCACACGUUUUCGGUUUCGGAGUUUAGUAACGCUUUAGGACGUUGCCGACUGCGCACUUGUGUCGGACAAACGGAUGCCACAUGUGGCACCCAUUCCAACAGCACACCAUCAACACUAACGCUCUCUAUCGACGGAUUCCAGUUGUUGUUGUUGUUCUUGCAUCUUUCCAGUUUCGUACUGGCCAAAUAUCGUACAAAGCAGAAGUAGAAUAACUGCCAUGAAUCUUAACGAGUGGGAUCGCAAGAAGAUCUACCGCCACGCCAGCCAUCAACCUCCGACGCAACACCUGUACAGCCCGUACGGUCAACCGCACCAUCAUCAUCAGGGAGACGCGUCCGAGUAUGCAUUUACCGCUGGGUCACCGGUUGAAGACGGGAACAUCGAGUAUGAGCGUAAAGGCGGAUGUUUCGUGUCGAUCUGCCGCGGCAUCAGUAUCGCCGUGCUGAUAUUUGUGUUUAUCUUCUUCAUGGCGUUUACGAUAUUUUUCAGCACAAAAUAUGCUUAUGAGCACAAGCCAAAUCUGACACUGGAGGACUUCCUCAAUCACCGGGCGUAUUUAAUCGACAAGCGGGCUCGCAUUCCGAAGCACGUAAUACCGAAGCAUUACAGGCUGUUCAUACAUCCCGUGUUCAAUGAAACGGAUCACCCGUUCAGCUACACCGGUAUCGUCUGGGUGACGGUAACGUCCAAAAAGCCGAACAACAAACGCAUCGAGCUGAAUGUGAAGAACCUGAAGAUACGGUUAGAAAACGUAACCGUACUGAAGAGUAUCCGUCUCACCAAUAACGACUUUGACGAGGAUCUUGAUUGGGACCUGAGCGAGGAAGAUUUGUACUCGUUGCCGAGGUUAAACCGACGUCGAAAGAGGCGUCAAGUUGGGCAAGAUCCAGAAGAUCCUGUAACGCUACUACCGACUCAUCAUCCUUCACAUGACGUACGCGAAGAGUUGUUGGACGGAAAGGAAAACGAAGGCGAUGAGAAGGAAGAUGAGUCCGAGGACGAGGUGACGGAAAGGAUCGGACGGGUUGGCCCCAACGGUACGGUUAUCGAUGAGGGUGGUCCGAAUAGUAGUAGCGUGGAAAAUGCUACCAUUAUCGAUAAAUCCAAAUUCUAUCAUCAUCCAGUAUUUCCGGCUGAUGAUUUUGUCACGAUUAAAAUAUUGGAUAUCGAGUUCGACGAGUCCAACGAAAAGAUGAUCAUCUUUCUUGGUACGGAAAUGAAGAAGGACAUCUACUAUAUCGUGAAGGUGAACUUUUUCGGCAAUAUGACCAAUGAUAAGGGGCUCUACUACACGCAUUAUGAGGAUGAUGCACCUAACCACAGACACUUUGCAGCGACCGUACUGGAACCGAACAAUGCCCGACGGUUGUACCCAUGCAUGGACGAUCACAACUUCCGGUCACCGUUCGAGUUGAACAUUGCGCGGAAAAGUGACAUGAACACGGCAUCGAGUAUGAACCUGGAAAUGUCCGAGCCGAUGGAAACAGGUGACAUUGUGGUGGAUACGUACAAUACCACCGAUAUGGUGCGGGCGUCUGAGAUUGGUUUCGUUGUGACGGAUAUGGUACCGGAGCAGUACCGAAUAACGAGCAGGGUGAGCCUGCUGGCAUUCACUCGCACGCGAUACGACGAAAACAUCAAGAACGCGACGAGCGUCUUUUCGCGUGUGUUACAGAUCUACGAACAGUAUCUGGGCGUACCGUUUCCGUACGAGGUGAUCCGGUACGUGACGAUCCCGAACAUUGACCAUACGACGUACGAGAUUAAGGAGGGUAUGGUGUUGUCGAGUGAGAAGCGCUUGAUUAAAUCGUCCGAUUAUUUUCCACCGUUGGAUAAGAGCAUCAGCCGGGAGGUGGCGAACGAGCUUGCCAAGCUGUUUAUCCACAAGCUAGCGGAUUACAAAAAUAAGGAAACGUACUGGUUGCAUGAAUCGAUACCGCUGUAUCUGGAGGCAUUGGCAUUGCGCAAUAUGACUACCACGAAUUCGACGACACUGGAUGAUUUCCUGUUGGAAGGUCGGUUGCGUUCGAUGCGCGAGGAAAUGAACACCAAAACAUCCGCACUGAACAUCUUCACCAACCACUGGGAGGAGGAUACACACUUCGAGCUGGUCAAGUACAAAGGAUUAAGUGUGUUGCGCAUGAUGAACUACACGCUCGGACAGCGAACGUUUGAUCACUUUAUACGGGAAUAUUUCCGAUACCGGAUGGAGAGUGAAUCGAUCGAUGUGAUCGAUAUACUGAACAAUGGUGGUGAGGGUGUAAGUCGUACGGACAGUGUGUUCCACAGCUUCCUGCACAGUUGGAGCAGCCUGGAGAAGUAUCCAAUUAUCAAUAUCAAACGAAACAAUGCGACGGGCGUAUUUGAGCUGCGCCAGAUUCCGCUACCGUUCGAGGAAGAGCCGGCAGAACAGCUGUGGACCGUGCCAGUAACGUUUAUAAACGACACAAACCAGCGCCUGUUCGUGGAAAAGGUACGCUGGUUGACGGAUGGUGAAAAUCUGCUUACGGUCAAGUCGGAUUGUAAAGCACCCAACAGUAGCUCUUGGAUCAUAGUGAACCCGAGCGGCAUCGGUUAUUAUCGAGUUAAUUAUGAACCGUCCCAUUGGAUUAAGCUGGCCCUCGUGCUAAAUGGUAACUUCCACUAUCUGCCGUACACGACGCUUGCAAUUAUAGUGGACGAUGCACUCAAUCUGGCCCGAUUGGGUUUACUGAACUACUCGAUUGCAUUUAAUGUGGUUUCGUUUUUGAAGCAAAACAACGAACACUAUCAACCGUGGAAGCUAGCACUAAAUAAUUUGGAAUUUGUAUAUCAUGCCACGGAGGAUCUGCCCAGCUUCCGGCAUAUUGAGCGGUUCUUGGAGUACCUCAUACUGGAGAAAUAUGAAGAGAUUCAGCACAAUAACGAUACUACCUAUUACAAUCCCUUGAUCAAAGAGCUGAUCGUUCAGUGGGCCUGUAAACUCGGUGUCACUUCCUGCAUCGAACAGCACAAAGUUCUGUUUCAAGCAAUUUUCUACAAUCAAACCUUGUCGCCGUUCGUGCUACGGGAGGAGAAACUUCUUCGUAUUUUGUGCACCACCAUCAAGUACAGUGGUCUGUCCGAGUGGAAGAAGGUUGAGCAGCAGUACCUCGAGACAACCGACAUCAACUAUCAGCGUAUCCUCAUUAAAAGCCUCGGUUGCACCAGGGAGAUAAGCAUGAUCAAACGUUACCUAGAGCUGCUGAAGCAUCCCCAUUUCAGCAUGUACAGCAAAGAAAUUCUCACCUCGGUGAGCGAGAACAAGGUCGCAUUGAAGUACACGCUAGACUUUCUCUUCAACGAGUGGAUCGAUGUGCGUCAGUAUCUGACGCUGUACGAUAUUUCGAUUUUGCUGCGCAGCAUCUCGAACAUGAACGAGUUUAAGAUGUACGAGCAGAUCUUCUUCCGCUACUCGUACACGUUCCAGACGAUGGAUAAGGAAAUUCUCAAGCGAAUGCGUGACAUUAUCAUCAAGCUAAUGGUAUGGCGGAAUGAGAUAGCACCAGUCAUUGAGUUCGAGCCGUUUGACUUUAGCAAGGAAGCAGCAAACCGGGACGCCAUGUACCUGUGACAGGUUGCGCCGUAGUUGUAGGUUAGCUAAUAGUAUACUAUUCGUUACAUUUGUUGAACGUCGUUUGGUAUUAAAUGCGCGUAUUAUGUGAGACUUAGCAUAUGCAUAUGUGAAACGGUCUGUGCCAAUAAAGGGUAGCAGUAUAGGAAA